AUGGCGCGACGCGCGGAAGAUCGGGGAAGGACGCCGAUCUGUACGGACGCGGCGAGCUAUCCGUUCCGGCUACGUCCCGCCGUUAUACAAACGCCUGUUAACUCUCCUCUAUGGCAGAGGCGUGCGCGCCGCGUUCCAGUGUUGUUUCUCCGCGUACCAACGUCCCCCCUUCCAGUGGCUCGUUCUUCUCCGUCCGCACCCCUCCCCACUCCUGCCUGCCCCUUACCGCAUCCACGAGACGUUCAUUCAUUAAAACCGGGAGACCGCGUGCAUUCUCAAUUUUAUCGAUGCCCCGAUCGAGCCGACGCGCGCUCUUUUCGUACUUUCGCCUCGCCGCAUCCUCCGUUUCUUCCUUCUUCGUUUCCCAUUGAUGGACCGCCGUCGAACGCGGUUCCUCGCGCUGCCAUCAGCCCCUCGCUGUAUCCACUUCGUCGUUCGCCGUCACUUCGUUCGACUCUGUGGCUCGUCCUCGCGUCCGUCGCUCGGCGACCGGAUUCCGCGAACCAACCUCGCCUGUCCGUAGGUGUCGAGGGAAAAUGUCAAGGAGAAGGUGUCGACUCAGCGAUAGGAAGCGAUACGAAUCGAUACCGGACGAUAGAAAUCGCGAGUUUGUUCCUCGAUCGAAUCUACGUCUCGUAUGCCGCGUAUCGUUUCGCCAGCUUCUCGCCAUUCACACGAUUCGUCGCUCGUAAAAUCCAGUUGCUCGAUAUACGUACGCGUCGAUCGCGCUUUAACCUUCCGCAAAUCUGGCAGGUCGAAUCACUCCGGUCGCUAUUUCGCGGCGGUCAUCCGCUUCGACGAUCUUCCUCGUCGCGUCGUUUCGCGGAAGCGCGUCCUUCGAUACGGGUCCAUCGUCGACGAACUCGUUGGAGCAAACGCGGAAGGAAAUUCUAUCGCGCGAGCAAAGGUCGAGGAGAAACCGAGGGUGCUCGAGGGUUCUCGCUAACGAGAAAUCGGAAACCGCGAGCGGUCGCCGCGCCAGUUAAUCGGAAUUCGAUUCGAUCGAACGGACUACUAACCGGUUCGUUUAAAGAGUCCUCCCGUUGUCGCGUGAUUCCGGCCGACCGACCAACUCUGCGAGCCGAGAGACAAGAACGCGGUCGACACGAUUUUCGUCGCGAAGCUCGUUCCAGGCUUAUCCGGUGGAAGACGAAAUGGGUCGAAUGGUUGCGGCGCGAACUUUAGCUGGCAGACUCGUACAGUCGGUCCGUCCGGCACCGAGUGACCGCGAUAAUAGGACCUAUGACACGCACGUACGCGCACACACGCGGUCGCCCAAGUUAAGUGGCCGGCACUCGCUGAAAAUAAUGUUCAAUUCCGACGUAACAGCACCUAUGACCCUGACUCUUCUCGGUUUACCUUGAGCGCUCAUUCGGAAAUCCCGAGGAACGGUCGAUCGUCGAGUAGGCGGUGAGUCGACGGUACCACACGACGUUUCGUCGAAUUCCAUCGCAUCCGUGUCGCUCGUCUAAUCGUCGUGUUUCCGCGAUUCGCGAUCAUCGUGCCGUCUCUUCGAGAACGCGAUCCACCGAGCUAGCCAGUUGUCAGCCGAAAUAGCAACGGUCGAUUCAUAGACGCGACCGUGACGUUCCUGACCCUCGAAGGGCAGAAAUGGGAGAGAGAGAGAGAGAGAGAGAGAGUAGAAUCUCUCGGGCCACUUUCAGCCCGCGUUGCGCCGCAAUCGGAUGUAAAUGCGAUGCAAAUUUGGGGAAGCGGGGGACGAAGAGUCGGAAGCGCGGAGCGGCGCUAUCGAGCUAGCGAAUGUAUCGGGUGGCGCGAUAAACUAGAGCGCCGUGAAGCGGAGCGAAGCCGGUUCGAUACCGGCCCGAAGGGAUUGCGGAGCACGAAUUCCGGCCACGGGCCCGCUGACAAAUUUAACGACCGUUCUCCCCGUCGGUCGAACCACGCCACGCCGACGAAAUAUUUACCUGCGGGAAACUCCAGCUCGAUAGCCUGCAUUUAGUGUACCGACACGCUCGAUGCGACGAUACGCUCUCUCUUCCCGCCGCCGCGUUACGUAUUCAGAGGACGUCGAUUCUGGCCCCGUCGGGAUCCUAUCCAUGUCGCGCGUCCCCUCUUUAAUUGCUCGAUCGAGCAACGGUUUCCCGAGCGUUUCACCGAUUACCGCCUUUCCCGAUAUUCGAACCGAUGCUCCACGCCUUCCCAACCAGACCUCCUCGCGCUUUCUUCGUCGCAGUAGCGAUCGAUCCGCUCGGCGAUCGCCGUAGCUACCGGGUUCGUGACCGAGAACUCGAGCCGAUGGCGUUCGGACCAACGCCAAACCCGAAUUAGAUCGUUAUCGGGGGACGAUUAUCGUUCCUCGGCCGUGGAAUUCGCGAGGAAAAAGCGACCGCACACUCCAGUACCGGUGAUCGUGGAAAUCGCCGUCGAAAAACCGGUACGACCGUUUCUACCCUAUCGUUCGUCGAACGUAAUUCGGCGGCUGGAACCGCUCUAGAGACCGUUUCGUCCCGGUCUUGUCACCGAUGGAAAGUUGUCCGAAAAUCGAGUUACGUUGACUGGAAUCGGCGUUCGAUGGCGGAGAACGUGCCGUGCGAUUUGCGUGUCUCCGUGGCGUCGGUUCGAUUUAGGCUGGUCGAUUCGAGACGCGGAUCAGCCUUCCCUUUCGAUCAGCCGCGUGGGAUUUUCAUCCAGGCGGUGUACGAUCGUAGACGAAUCUCGUUUUUUCCACUUCCUUUCUCGAGCUCUCGUAGCUCUCGUCGUAUUUGGUAAACGCGACACACGGAAGCGUGCCAAGCAGAUGGGAAGGAGCUCGCAAAAAGUCCUUCCUGAAAUCCAAUUCCAGGCUCGGCCACUGGGACGGUUGGUCGACGAGAUCUUGUCCGAAGGGUGAGCGCCUCGAAGAACGGGAAAAAGAUGGGGCGGGGAUGAGAAGAGAAGGGAAGCUAGGCGCGUAGAGACAGAAGAGAGGCGAGGGCAGGGUGUGACUCGUUUCCUGCCUCGUGGAUCGUCGUCGAUCGUCGAUCGUCCCGUGGAUCCCUCCUGUGGACCGAGUAUCAUCGCGGUCGUCCUCCGGGAUUCGAUUUUCGACGGUCCUCGCGGCACUUGGAACGCGCGGAACGAGCGGUCCGCCGAUUGCUCGCGAUCCAGACCCUCGGACCGCCUUCAUUCUCUUCGGAUUCGAGCUUACAGAUUUGUCUCGUAGCGUGCUGCUGCAAGCGAUCGUUCCAGAGUCCUGUCGCAGCCAGGCGCAUCGUGUCAGUGUGGAAAUGCAUAAUUAUAUAGAAUUACGGUAUAAGUUGUGUUAAAUCAAUGUUAAUCGCUGUAGCGAAGUGGGGUAUUACAAUAAAUACAUUAUUUUAUGUAAAA